GCCAUUUUCCCUACUUUCAGACUGACUGACGGACAGACUGACGGCGGGCCGCUGAAGCAUCCCGCACCCAUCCUCGUGCGUAUCCAUCCGGCCCUCGCUGCUCCUCCCUCCUCCUGUCUCUCACUGUAGUUUCUAUUGACGCUGCGUUCAGCCCACCCAGUGCUGCUGCUGAGGCUGAGGCUGAGGCUGACUCUCCUUCCCCGUCGGAUUCUCCAUGUAUGGAUGCACCAAGGAAAGGUUGUAGGCUGAGCAAGGACAGAGAGAGCGAAGAGAAAUACAGGCUGCUGAGGAGAUUCAAGGAGGAGGCACCGGAGGAUCCGGGCGCUGUUUUGAAUGGGCAGAGGAUUCACCCUCUGCGGUCGUCGAGUCUGAGUUGAGGUGCCAGGUGUGUGUGUCUGUGUAGCCACACAGAUCUUCAGCUCUCCUGCUCACUCACACACCCUCCUGCAACAUGGCGGCGGCUUCAGUGAAGGUGGCCGUGAGGGUCCGACCCUUCAACUCCAGAGAGAUUGGGAAGGACAGCAAGUGCAUCAUUCAGAUGUCAGGAAACACCACAACGAUCCUGAACCCCAAACAGCCCAAAGAAAACAAAAGUUUCAACUUUGACCAUUCUUACUGGUCACACACCACGCCUGAGGACAUCAACUUUGCGUCCCAGUUGCAGGUGUACAAGGACAUCGGAGAGGAGAUGCUGCUUCAUGCCUUUGAAGGCUACAACGUGUGCAUAUUUGCAUACGGCCAGACAGGAGCGGGCAAAAGCUACACCAUGAUGGGACGACAGGAGCAGGAUCAGGAAGGAAUCAUACCUCUGAUGUGUGAGGACCUUUUCACCAAGUUCAAUGGCACCAAUAACGACAACAACCUGUCUUACUCUGUGGAGGUGAGUUACAUGGAGAUCUACUGCGAGCGUGUGCGUGACCUGCUCAAUCCCAAGAACAAAGGAAACCUGCGUGUCAGAGAGCACCCUCUGAUGGGACCCUACGUUGAAGAUCUUUCCAAACUAGCCGUCACCUCAUACAACGACAUCCAGGACCUGAUGGACUCUGGAAACAAAGCCAGGACUGUGGCUGCUACCAACAUGAACGAGACCAGCAGCCGCUCCCACGCCGUCUUCAACAUCAUCUUCACGCAGAAGAAACACGACAUGGAUUCGGAGAACACAUCAGAAAAGGUCAGCAAGAUCAGCCUGGUGGACCUGGCUGGCAGCGAGAGAGCCGACUCCACCGGAGCUAAAGGAACCAGACUGAAGGAAGGAGCAAACAUCAACAAAUCCCUGACUACACUGGGAAAAGUUAUUUCUGCUCUGGCUGAACAGGACUCGGUACCAAACAAGAACAAGAAAAAGAAGAAGGUGGAGUGUUUCAUUCCCUACAGAGAUUCAGUUCUGACUUGGCUGCUGAGGGAGAAUUUGGGAGGAAACUCUCGUACAGCCAUGGUGGCUGCCCUCAGCCCUGCUGAUAUUAAUUAUGAUGAGACCCUCAGUACCCUCCGGUACGCCGAUCGUGCCAAACAGAUCCGCUGUAACGCUGUGAUCAACGAGGACCCCAACAACCGUCUGGUGCGGGAGCUGAAAGAGGAGGUGGCUCGCCUCAGAGACCUGCUGUUUGCUCAGGGGCUGGGAGACAUCAUAGAGACGUAUCGCUGCCCCGGCCCCACCAUCGCUGGUUUGAAAUUGUCCAAUGCCAUGACAGGAAUGAGUCCCUCUCCCUCGCUCUCGGUCUUGUCCAGCCGAGCCGGGUCCAUCGCCAACCUCCAUGACCGCAUCUUCAGCCCGGCCAGUGAAGAGGCCAUCGAGAGGCUCAAGGAAACUGAGAAAAUCAUAGCAGAGCUCAAUGAGACAUGGGAAGAGAAGCUGCGACGUACUGAGGCCAUCCGUAUGGAGAGAGAGGCCCUGCUGGCUGAGAUGGGUGUUGCCAUGAGAGAAGAUGGAGGCACUCUGGGCGUCUUCUCCCCAAAAAAGACGCCUCAUCUGGUGAACCUGAACGAAGACCCACUGAUGUCAGAGUGUCUGCUGUAUUACAUCAAAGAUGGCCUCACCAAGGUUGGCAGUGAAAAUGCCAAGACUCGUCAAGACAUCGUUCUCAGCGGCCAUUUUAUCAGAGACGAACACUGCACAUUUAGCAGCACCACGGGCUCUCAGGGAGAAGAAUGUGUCAUCCUGGAGCCAUGUGAGGGGUCAGAGACGUACGUCAACGGGAAGAGAGUGAGCUCUCCCAUUGUUCUGCGAUCUGGGAACCGAAUCAUCAUGGGAAAGAGCCACGUGUUCCGCUUCAACGACCCGGAGCAGGCUCGUCUGGAGCGAGAGAGGACGCCAUGCGCUGAGACGCCGGUGGAGCCCGUCGACUGGGCCUUUGCUCAGAGAGAGCUGCUGGAGAAGCAAGGCAUCGACAUGAAGCAGGAGAUGGAGCAGAGGCUUCAGGAGCUCGAAGAUCAAUAUCGCAAAGAACGAGAAGAAGCCAGUAACCUGUUGGAGCAGCAGAGGCUGGACUACGAGAGUAAACUGGAGGCUCUUCAGAAACAAGUGGACUCUCGCUACUUGGAGUCUCCUGAGGAAGAAGAGGAGCCUGAAGAUGAAGUGCCGUGGACGUCACGUGUGACCGAGUUGGCUCUGUGGGCUUUCAGGAAGUGGCGUUUCUACCAGUUCACCUCUCUCAGGGAUCUGCUCUGGGGCAACGCCAUCUUCCUCAAAGAGGCUAAUGCUAUCAGUGUGGAGCUGAAGAAAAAGGUGCAGUUCCAGUUCGUCUUGUUGACAGACACUCUCUACUCUCCUCUGCCGCCCGACCUGCUGCCCGCCAGUGUGGCCAAAGAGAGGGAGAAACGACCUUUCCCCCGAACCAUCGUCGCCGUUGAAGUACAAGAUCAAAAGAACGGAGCCACACAUUACUGGACUCUGGAGAAACUCAGGCAGAGGCUGGACCUGAUGAGGGAGAUGUACGACCGUGCUGCGGAGCUCCCUAGCAGUGCUGUAGAGGACUGCGACCAAGCUCUGACCGGAGGCGACCCCUUCUACGACCGCUUCCCCUGGUUCCGUCUGGUCGGCAGGGCUUUUGUGUACCUGAGUAACCUGCUGUACCCGGUGCCCCUGGUGCAUCGCGUGGCCAUCGUCAGUGAGAAAGGAGAGGUGAAAGGCUUCCUCAGAGUGGCUGUGCAGGCCAUCUCAGCUGAUGAGGAGGCCCCUGAUUAUGGCUCUGGUGUGCGGCAGUCAGGCACUGCAAAGAUCUCCUUUGAAGACAAACAGUUUGAGAAGUUCCAGACUGAGUCGUGUCCUGCUGGUCUCUCUCACUCCAACACCUCCCAGGAGGAGCUGCGGAUCGUGGAGGGAGAAGGACAGACCCCGGAGAUUGGGAUCUCUGCAGAUGAAGUCAACAACAACACCUGUCCAGAGAUCUUAGAGGCUCCCCCCAGCCCGGUGAAGAGUUCAGGUCUGGGUCUGGAUCUCCCUCUGGACCUCUCCCCGGAGAAAGUUCUGUCCCACCUGAAGAUCGGCAGCACCUUCACCUUCAGAGUCACCGUCUUACAGGCCUCCAGCAUCUCAGCCGAGUACGCCGACAUCUUCUGCCAGUUCAACUUCAUCCACCGCCAUGACGAAGCUUUCUCCACUGAGCCGCUGAAGAACACGGGCAGAGGACCUCCGCUGGGCUUCUACCAUGUUCAAAAUAUCACAGUGGAGGUGACAAAGUCCUUCGUCGAGUACAUCAAGACUCAGCCCAUCGUCUUCGAGGUGUUUGGUCACUAUCAGAAACAGCCCUUCCCUCCGCUCUGCAAAGACCUGAUCAGUCCCCUGAGACCCUCCAGGAGGCAGUUCCCCAGGGUGAUGCCCUUAUCCAAACCAGUGCCGGCCACAAAGCUCAGCACUCUGACUCGCUCCACCGCAGGACCGUGUCACGCCAAAUACGACCUCAUGGUCUUCUUUGAGAUCUGUGAGCUGGAAGCUAACGGAGACUACAUCCCAGCUGUUGUUGACCACAGAAAUGGGAUGCCCUGCCACGGCACAUUCCUCUUACAUCAGGGCAUCCAGAGGAGGAUCACAGUAACCAUCGCUCACGAAACAGGAAAUGAUAUUGAGUGGAAAGAGGUGAAGGAGCUGGUCAUUGGUCGUAUUCGAAACACACCGGAGGCUGAUGAGACCAUCAUAGACCCCAACAUCCUUUCCCUCAACAUCCUGUCUUCUGGAUACUUUUGGCCAAAACACAACGACAACGUCUCCUUGGGAGUUGAUCAUAGAACUUUCUACCGAUUCGAGGCGGCAUGGGACAGCUCCAUGCACAACUCUCUGCUUCUGAACAGAGUCACUCCCUAUGGGGAGAAGAUCUUCAUCACCCUCACUGCUUAUUUAGAGAUGGAGAACUGCACUCAGCCGACAGUGAUCACCAAAGAUUUCUGCAUGGUGUUUUAUUCCCGUGAUGCGAAGCUGCCGGCCUCUCGCUCCAUCAGAAACCUCUUCAGCACUGGCUGCCUCCGACCCUCUGAGAGUAACCGUGUCACUGGAGUGUAUGAAGUCACCCUCUGCCAUGUGGCGGACAAUGGAAGUCCAGGCAUGCAGCGUCGUCGCAGGCGUGUGCUGGACACCUCGGUGGCGUACGUCCGAGGAGAGGAGAACCUGGCUGGAUGGAGGCCUCGCAGCGACAGCCUCAUCCUGGAUCACCAGUGGGAGCUGGAGAAACUCAGUUUAUUGCAGGAGGUGGAGAAGACCAGGCACUAUCUGCUCCUGAGGGAGAAGCUCGAGGCGACUCUGCUGGCAGGACAGGAUGCGCUCUACAAGAGCAACGACAUCAGCGAUUUUGCAAAGAGUCCCGUCUUCAGCCACAGCCCCGGCAGCAGCCCUUCCCUCGACAGCCCCAACCAGAGGCAGAGGGAGCUGGCUGCCAAGUGUCUGCGUCUGCUGAUGCACACCUUCAACAGGGAGUACAGCCAGGUGAGCAGCAGUGCCAGUGAGAGCAAGCUUUCCGAGAUGUCCGCGUCACUAAUGAGAGACUCGUCCACGUCUGGACUGAGCACGCUCACUCCGUCCUCUACCUGCCCUUCACUGGUCGAGGGAAAUUAUGACAUUAGACACACUGAUCCCAGUUCAGGAGCUUCGACUCCAGAUCUGGACCCGUACAGCCCGGUGGACAGAAAGAAAGCUCUCAGAGGAUGCACCUUUGUUCCAGACAUACAGGAGAUUCGUGUCAGCCCUAUUGUGUCAAAGAAGGGUUACCUGCACUUCCUGGAGCCCCACACCAGCGGCUGGGUGAAGCGUUUCGUGGUGGUGCGCAGGCCCUACGUCUACCUGUACCGCAGCGAGAGGGACAGCGUGGAGAGAGCUGUCAUCAACCUGUCGUCUGCGAAGGUGGAAUACAGUGAAGACAAACAGACCUUACUGCGGACUCCCAACACGUUUACUGUGUGCACUGAGCAUCGUGGGAUUCUGCUGCAGGCCACCAAUGACAAAGAGAUGCACGACUGGCUGUACGCUUUUAACCCUCUGUUAGCCGGCACCAUCAGGUCAAAGCUCUCCCGGAGAAAGUCGGUCCAGUCGGCCCCGUCCGCUCUGAGGAUGUGAGAGGUGAACUUGCCUGGUGGAAAACAACAAACAAACAAAACAAUACAAUCCAAAAGCUCCACUCAGCAUCCUGUUUUAAUGAACAUACACCAUAUAAGCAAACGUAUACAUAAAACCACUUAAAUAAUGUUCUAUAUGACGACCAGUUCCAAACAUCACUCGAUCCCUCCUCCUGAAACCCAACAAAACUGUCGCCAACUCAAAUCCUGCAUGAUGUGCUCCCACCUGACCUUUAGAAGAAACAUAAGACAAACUUAUCACCCAAACCCGUAAAUAAACUUACCUCUGCUGGGCAUUGGGACGAGUUUUGAUUAGCUUUCAUGUAGAAAUCUGUCAUCUGUGAGGCCACUAGUUCCCUGUAGAGAGUUAGUAAGUGGUCAGUCCCUCCUUCAUUCAUUAUAAAUGACAAUAAGUCCCAGUUUUAAAUCCGCCAUUCAUGUAUUUCUAAUAAACGUCAUCAGGUGAAGGGGGAAAUUGCAAACAUCAAACCGGAUGUUGGUCUUUGUUGAUGUGUGUUAAGUGCAGGGAUGAUCGCUCCACAUAUAUCCGUCAUAUACUGUACAUUACCUCAGUUUGGACUGGCUUGGUGUUCUCCAGCAUAGAGAUUUGUUUCACUGCAGAGGUUUCAGAUAGUCAUUUUAACAUUGAAGUAGCAUGUGGGAUUUGUUAGGAUAAAAGGGUACGUUUUUGUUCCUGUGUUGUUGUUUGUUUCUCACUGACUCCAUGAAAACUGAGUUCGUUGGCUAGAUUAAGGCAAAAAUAAUCCAUCAUCAGGAGAGAGAACUCAUGUCCUUGCCUUGUUCUCGUUAUGUGCUUCUUCUUCUUUUUUUUAAAAAGGAAUAAUCCCUUGUGCAUAUAGAACCAUGAAGUAUAAUGUUAUUUAUUGUUGCUAUUGUAGGUUUUCUGCACUGUUAUUUAUUUGUGACAGGACCACUGACCAGUUUUGUUGCAUGGCACUUUAUUGUCUUUUAUUGAGUUAAUGUAUUGUAUCAUUUUCUCAGUUGUUUUAACCAAAGCAUUAUGUUCUUGUUUCAAUUGUUUCAAAUAAUUGCCCACUGUGCUGCUGUGUUAGCAGAACUCUAGAAUAUAAAAGAAAUAGUUUGAAAUUUUGGGAAAAACACUUAAUUUCUUUCUUGCCGAGAGUUACAUUACAAGAUUGAUACAGUUGAUAUGAAGCUACAGCCAGCAGCCGGUUAGCUUAGUUUAGCAUUAAUACUGGAACAAAAUUCGCCUACCGGCACCUCUAAAGCUCACUAAUAACACGUUAUAUCUCGCUAAUGAGUGUAAAAAGUUGAGAUUUCUUGGCGAUUUACAGGACAAACAAAGAUACAAAUAAGAUAUAAUAUGUAAAUUAUCAAGCUUUAAAGGUGCUGGUAGCCAGAUUUAGUUUGCCUUCAACUUAAAUCAGUCUUUAUGUCUUUAAUGCUACGCUAAGCUAACCGUCUUCUCAGGACAAACCCGAGUGCACCAUCCUUGCGAAGACACAAUGGAUUAUAUAAAUGCAGUCCAUUUACAAUCCCCACACUGAAGUGUAGCAUGGCUAUAUGCAUAACCUCCAAGUGUAACUAUUGGCAAGAAAGCAAAUAAGCAUAUUUCCCAAAUUGUUAAACUACUUAUUCAAACUUAUCAAUUAUAUUUCAAUUAACCUAAGAUGUUUUACAUGCUAAAUACACCAGGGGGACAACUGUUCUGUAUGAAUAGGUAGUUUAACUUUGAUCAAAAUAAGCACUAAUUCUGUCUGUUAUGGGCCAGCAGAGUAAAUAAGUUUACUAUUUAAGUCUCUAGUAGCUAGAAGUUGUAUUUGACGAUGGACCUGUACUCUGUUGAAGGCAGUUGCUUUGAGUGGGCAGGAGCGUUGUCCAUGCACCAGUUAGUGCCUCCCUUUCUUCACCUGUUUUUCUUCUCUCCCUCCUUCAUCGUUGUCUUUCACAUCAACACUAAAGUUACGUGUGUCCAAGGUUGAGCUUUUAUGUAGAGUAAAAGUAGAUGCUGUGAAUCUUUUCUUUUUUUUUUUAUAUUGAUGAUCUAUGUCAAUGUUUUGGAGAGUGAAUAUAAUCAAUGACGCUAUAUAGUAUGUUGGUAUAGCCUGUAACAGUACAGCGUGCAUCUCAUUAUCAUUAACUGUAAAUGUUGCAUUUAAAAGCAAUCCCCCCCCUCUUAGCUUUUGUACUGUAGCUGCUAGAUAUUUGACAGCUUGAUGCUUGUGUCAGAAACUAGUACAGAUUGGCUUGGUGUUUUUUUUAUGUCCAGGGAUGAUUUCUAGUUGCUUUUACCGGCUGUAUGUUAUUUUAUUUUAUACCAAGAUGACCCCCAAAUGUUGGUUUGAGAUCGAUAUUGUAAGUGGAAGGAAAAAGGUAACUAAAAAUACUUGGAGAUGGACAUUAUUAUCAAUUUCUAUUGUAUUAUUUGCAUUUAAAGGGAUAUUAUCUGCAUCUUUUUUCACCUUCUUCUUUUCUAAAUCUCUAUCAAAGACAUGGUCAGCAAACCAUUUUGUCUUUCUUAUUUUCCUGUUGUUUCUUCUUUGACUGGUUAUGAUAAUUAUUUUGUUAAACCUGACUUAUAAACAGAUAACGGAAAGUUUCCAGGACUGUACGCCACAGGCCAACCAACCUGCUGAGCAAUGCAGCCUCAAGUCUUAAAAGCUCUGUACAAAAUAUGAGUAAUGAAAGGUUAUAUUUCACAUUUAUCUUUAGAUUUGUAGCUACCUGUGGCCUCUCUGAAAAUAAUGUUCUAUCUGUAAUUUUUACAGACUUUAUUUCCUAAAUUACAGAAUUUAUUUCUGGGUCAUUUUGGUAUAAUGAACUUUAUUUGUAUUAUAAAAUGCUUAAAGAUAUAUAUUCUGUAUGUUGUCUGCUGGAACAGAAGACAAAUGAAACAUUUUAUUUCUAAAGUUUAGAAGGAUAGAUUAUGUUCUGAAAGUAUAUUGCACUUAUGCACAAGGCAUCUUUAUUUAAUAUGAUUUCGUAUGAUGAUGUUUUAUGAAUGUAUGGAAAAUACUGGUUUGUGUUUGAAAAAGAUAUUACGACCAUAUACGGAAGGGAGAAGAUUAGAUUCUGAAACUGUGCCAUCUUUGCUUCAGCAACGAAACCACCAACAACACUGCACCAAAUUGCAUAGAUUUUAUUUUUUUUGUUAUGUAUAACUGGCAGAUGACUUGCAUUGCUUCCAGUCCCAAUAGUUCAAAGGUAUUAUGUUUAAAAAUAAAAAAAACACUUUGUGAGACAGUUUUAGUGCACUGGCCAAUAAUUGUUGAGAGAUAAAUGAGUUGAUUAAUUUAUAUUUGGCUGCUUUUUAACUGUCAUAGCUCUGGAUCAAAGCAUGCAGGUCCACUUAUCUUCUGCUGUACUCUGUCCCUCUCUCCUGCCUUACCGCUUGCUAAUGACAACAGCUUUCCCCCCCUGAAGUGCUGCUUGUAAAGUAUUGUCAUUCAUGAUCCUUGUAUGACUAACUGGAAACCUUCCUUUUGGCUCUGUCUUGUAUAUAAAUGGAGAUUUUUCUGUUUUGGGUCUCGUCACACGGAUGAUAUUAACUCUCUCUUCCUCUGUAUACCAUGAUGAAUAAGAAUAACUGGCCUGCUGCUUCGUCAAGCGUCACCCCAGAGUUGAGAGUGCUGAUCAGGGAUCAGUUUUGCACAUUUCAGCUCAGUGUGUGUGUGGUGGCGAUGGUGGACCGAGUAGAUGAUCCCAGGUUUGCCACUCUUGCUCUGAGCUGCCUGACGGAAGCAGACACGGGUCUCAGCCUGUGAUGAAGUCUUAAUCUCAGUGCUCACGUUUAGCUUUUGAGUUGUCUGGAGUUCUUUCUCAUGUCUGUGGACACGUAACAAAAGUUGUCAAGAAAAAAAAUACGGUGAAUAAAAUAAAUGAGUGUUGAAAUUUAUGCAACA